AUGAGCAGAAAGGAGAUUCUUGGGUUGAAAGAGCCCAAGAAGCAUGACAACGUCUUGAAACCCUUGAACUCACAAAAGCAGAACGCGAAGAAGAAGGAGAGGAAAGAUGAGUUGGAGGACGAAGAGCUCGGAAGUCUGAGAACCUCCAUUGAUUUGCACAAAAUUCAAAAACUUCGCCAUGUCGAUCUGAGCAGCCUGUCAAGUUUUUCUCUUCGCAAUACGAACGUGCGACAAGACACAGUGGCCGUUAGUCUCAUUCAGGAAGAGAACCUGAGGAUAUGUGAGAAGAGCACGAUGAUAUCUGAGAUCUUGCAGCGCGACAAAAUCAUCAAAGAACUUCGAGCUAGAGUCAAACAGCAGGAAGAACUAGAGCGAGAGCUCGGAUUGCUCAACCACGCAAGAUCAGACUUGGAACUAGCAGAUCGACAAGUGGAUCAACGAGUUAGACUGCAGGUCAAGGCAGAGAAGAAACAUUGGUUGAAAGAACAAGACGCCAAGCGACAGAAGUUGAAGUUGACGCGUAAAGAAAUGGACGCACGUCGACGAAAGGUCAUGAAGAGAUUCUUUGGGAUGGUUUUAAGAAAGGCAGAAAGAGCACGAAUCAAACUUACUUUUUCAAGAUUGUUUCACAACUUGUCCGAGGGUCGGAGGAGGAGACGAAUUGAUAUCUAUGCAGCCAAGAUGAGGAAAAGAAGAGACAAAGAAAGCUUGAGAGCAAUGUUCAGGUGUAUGGCGGUAGCAGGAGCUCCUGCAAGAAUUCAUACCAUACAGCUCUCGAGGAGGGUGGAGAAGAUGAUCGCCAAGAGACUGUUGUGGUCGAGCUGGAGAUCUUGGAAAUUUUUGCGAUCAUUGCAGAAAGCAUGGAACAGAAUCAACACGAGGAGGGCCAGCAAUGUCAUGCACAAGAUGCGAUUGUACGUGUCUGCUCGACGAUCUCGAAAGAAAAUGAAGGGAUUUGUAAAGAAGAAGUUUACUAGAAACCUCUCGUGCAAGAUUUUGAGGAGUUGGAGAGAAGUAUCUCCUCUGCUGGAGCUUGUUGUUGAAAGAGAAGAAGCUCUUUCGCGACCUCUCUUUGAUGCGUCGGGGGUUUUCGAUGUGGGUGAAGGAAGUGGAGAAGAGCGCACAGAAUCAGUUCAUGAAGACGACUGGAAUGUCAGAGAGCAACUCCUUAUCGAUCCGAAGAAAACGGAGACGGCGAGAGCAGUUGUUGUGAAGCCAAAGGCCCUCGUUGAAGCGAAGAGAGACUCUAGUGUCGUUCAUGUCAUUGCUGCGAGCGAGUAUGUCCUGCUGGGUCAAGACCUCAAGGCAAACUUAAGCCGAACGAUGACAGCUGCGGGAAGAUAUCUGUUAUCUCUUCCCCAUCCUCUUCCUCUCCCUCCUCGACCUCUUCAUCCUCUCCCGCUUUCCAACAGCGAGCAACUGCAGGCGCUUCUCCAGGUGAAAGGGACAAGAGGUCGCGGCAAGACUGGAACCAGCAGAGAAUUGCAGCAGAACUUGCGGUGA